ACCCUAAUCUACUGAGCGCGGAUAGAAAGCGUGGGAGAAGAGGGCGCUCGAGGGAACCUCCGCUCGCUCGACGGAGACGAUCGGCAUCGGAGGCGCGCGAUUCGAGUUCCUGCGCCACGGGAUUUUGCUGUUACUAAAUCCGGAAGCAGAUCAACUUAGAGUAACAUAGUUCGAACUAUAAUCAUAUGGCUGGAGAUAGCCCAAGGACGUUCUCAUAUGACAGGGAUGAGGAAGUUAAACUGCCUGGAGCUUCUUGGUAUCUAAGUCGUAAGGAUAUUGAAGACAACUCUCCGUCUAGGAGAGAUGGCACUGAUCUCAAGAAAGAAACUUAUCUUCGAAAGUCUUACUGCACAUUUCUGCAAGAUUUAGGCAUGAGACUGAAAGUACCUCAAGUAACAAUAGCCACUGCAAUUGUAUUCAGUCACCGGUUUUUUCUUCGCCAAUCUCAUGCAAAAAAUGACCGGAGAACUAUUGCUACUGUUUGCAUGUUUUUGGCGGGAAAAGUAGAAGAAACUCCUCGGCCAUUGAAGGAUGUCAUUCUUGUUUCUUAUGAGAUUAUACAUAAAAAGGAUCCUACUGCAGUCCAACGAAUUAAACAGAGGGAAGUAUAUGAACAGCAGAAAGAAUUGAUUUUACUCGGGGAACGAUUGGUACUUGCAACUCUUGGUUUUGACCUCAAUGUGCAGCAUCCAUACAAACCUCUUGUUGAAGCAAUAAAGAAGUUUAAAAUUGCUCAAAAUGCCCUUGCACAAGUUGCUUGGAAUUUUGUCAAUGAUGGGCUCCGUACUUCGCUAUGUCUGCAAUUUAAGUCCCACCAUAUAGCAGCUGGUGCUAUUUUCCUGGCAGCCAAGUUUCUAAAAGUAAAGCUUCCUUCAGAUGGUGAAAAGGUCUGGUGGCAGGAAUUUGAUGUUACCCCUCGACAGUUGGAAGAGAUUAGCAAUCAAAUGUUGGAACUUUAUGAGCAAAACCGUCCAGCACUGUCUUCCCAAGGAAAUGAAACCGAAGGUAGUUCAGCCAGUGGGGUCAGCCACCGUGCUCCUGCAAACACUCCUGUUGACGUUGAGGAGCCUACCACACAAAGUGGAUAUUCCUAUGUGUCAAAAAAUGCUACCAUGCAGAGUAGUUCAACUCAUUCUCUGUCUGAACAACCUCACUCAGAUAAGCAUAGUGGAAGCAGCAGUGUUGUGCAUACGGAUGCUAAUGACCACACUAGGCACGGACCAAGAGCUGUAGUUUCUGAUAACAAAGUUGGAGUUGGAGUCAAGGAUCACUGGCAUCAUGAGCCACUGAGCAAUCCAGAUACUAUGGGCAGUACAUUCCAUCAUAGGCCUGAACAACCAGGGGAAGAGCUUGUAUCUGAUGGUACAGAGGGGAUGGUUGAAACAAGAGAGAAGAAUUCCAUCUACAUUGAAGGUUCUAAAGUUGACUCUCCCAUGGUUGAUGCCAUGAAGAAGAUUGACAAGGACAAAGUGAAGGCUGCAUUGGAGAAAAGAAGAAAAUCUCGAGCUGAUAAUGCCAAAAAAGUGGAUCUGAUGGAUGAUGAUGACCUCAUCGAGAGGGAGUUGGAACACGGUGUUGAAUUAGCAGUUGAGGACGAGAGAAACAAACAGACGGGUCGAAGCUGGUCCAAACCUACUUACCGACAGGAGUCUCUUAGUUCUGACCAUGUCAUGGAGAUUGGCUACCACGGGUCUCAGAAGGCGACAGAGAAUGCUGAAGAAGGGGAGCUAUCAGUGGAUAGUCAGGGUAUCCAUUCACCUGAGUCUAGCAACAAGAAAAGAAAAGCAGUUAGCUCCCCAGGGAAGCAUUUCAGUGCGAAGAAUGGGUAUGACCUCCCACAUUAUCAUGUGCCUUCAAAGCGCCAGGAGACUCGCGAAGACAUGCGUAGAUUGGAACGUGGCGAGAGGGAUCAUAAAAGGCUCAGGCAGGAAAAUUAGGUGUUAUAUGCAGUAAGUUCUGGUGGGACAGAUUUAAAUAUAGCAGCAGCUGGGUGCGAUCUCUUGGGAGGAGCCUUUGCAAAGUACAAAAAUUCUUGAAAGGUAAAUUUUAUACGUGAAACCAGUUGUACUUGCAAAUUUAGAACUUUGCAAAGCCAGAGGGAGAGAGAGAGAGAGAGAGAGGUGUAAAGAUAUGUGGCUCAAUGGCUUUUUUUUUUUUUCGAAGGAAGAAUUGUGGCUCAAUGGAGUGUUGAUCCAAUUUAAUUUGCUCAAGUGUUUUAUCUAAUUUUCUUUACGGAACCGUAA